AUGGAUUUUCGUGGCCUGAAUCGUUUAAACAUUUUUGUAAACAUAUUAUCGGGCAAUUUCUUACCGAUGACGAGUAAGGAAACGAAACUGACGGUUCUUUUCAAAAUCUAUUCGAUCGUCGUUUGGUUAAUAGAAUUAGUAUACCUGGCCGCUUGUAUUUUGGGACUUUUCUGUGUCCCAAAGGAAAAAGCGUUAAGGGACAGUACAAUAAACCUAAUCGUCCUGUUCGAAACGAUAGUGUUAUCAGUUUACUUGCACAACCGUAAGACUUUGUUACGUGAGUUGAUUGGAAAGUUGAACAAUCUCAUCGAAGGCAACGAAAUGCUUCAAGACAUGACGGUUCGUACAGUAAAGCCGAUAGUGAGGCCGUUGACAAUUUAUACAAUUGCCAAUACCACUGCAGUUACCGUUUGGAUAGCGUUGCCACUUCUCGAAAUUUUCCGGAAAGAUCAGUUCUAUUAUUCCGAUUACGGAGUACCAGCCGCUAUAUCCAACGAGCCUUUCUCAACCGGCAUUUUCAUCGGCGGCGUUGUCCUGCAGAUCCUUGGCGCCGCGUGUACGAUAAUCAGAAAGAUCGGCUUGGACUUGUACACGAUGCACUUCAUUAUUUUAAUGACGGCGCAGUACAAGUAUCUGAGAAUCAAAAUUGCAACGAUAUUUCAACAGGAGCCGGGAACUUUGCACAUCGACAUUGUUAAACGGAACAUCUCGCCCGGAGAUAAAGGAACGGUGAAACAUGAAAUGAGAUUGUUAACCCGCCAUUAUGAAACUGUGGUCGAGAUGGCUGUCAUGUUGAGGAAAUUGCUUUCCCCAAAUAUUGGAUUUCUUUAUAUAGAAUACGUUUUCCGGUUCUGCUUCAUGAGUUUUAUGCUCGUGACGAGUAUUGGAUUCUUUCCUGAAAAAUGUUUAGUUACAAUGUAUACGCUUGGUGCACUGAUGCAAUUUUACAUAUUAUGCUACUCUAUUCAAGAGUUAAUCGAAGCGAGUGAAACUGUAACGGACGAUGUAAUACACGAGAAGUGGUAUUUUCACGACGUAUCAUUACAACGCGCAAUUAUUAUGAUGAUUUUGACCAAUAAACUAGAGUGCAAAUUAUGUAGUCUUCAAAGUAUUGAUUUAACUUUACCGUCUUUCAUGUCGGUAAGUUUUUUUUUUAACAAUGAAAAUAUAAUACUUUUACUCGAUAAAUAAUCAAAUCCGUGAUAUUAUGUAAUAUUAUCAGAGGUAAAUAGAAUAAUUAUAUGUUGGUAUACGUAUUUUAAAAAUGUGAGAGUAAUAUAGAAAUGAUAUGAAAUAUGAAUUAUAUGUGAAAUAAGGCAUAACGAGAGACUAUACGAGAUCGAAAUAACUCCCCCCAAUAUGAAUAAUUAUCAAGGAUUGUUACCUAAAAUAUUUAUUUCAACUGAUUAGAAAAAACUGAAAAUUUUCUUCAAAGUAAUUUCUUUUUAAAUACAUGGCACAGUGAAGAAUAAUGAUCUGAUAUAAAUGGUUCUUCAAUGUGGAAAAAUUAAAAAACUAGCUAAGUUAAUGAAAAUUAAGUCAAAUUAUAUAUCUUUUUAAUUAAAUAUUUAAAUCAUAAUAUUUUUCGAUGUUUGAUGUUGCUUCCAGAUUUAUGAAGUAUAUCGGAUAAAUAUAUAAAAUAUUUUUAUUCUUAAAAAUUCUUGGGGACAGAGGAGAAUUCCAAAUAUAAACCUUUAGCUUCGGGUAUUUAUUAAUUUUCGAGGUUUUAUUUAUUAAUAAAUAGGAAAACUUCACUUUCAUCCCUUCAAAAUCCCGUAUUGGUGGAAUUUAGCUGGAAGCCACAGAAUGUUUAUCAAUUAUAUUGUUUGGGCAUUAUAUCCCCGAAAGUAAAAUUAAUCAGACGUGUUAAUUGUCAAAUCUUUUGGAAUUAAACGUAAAUCAACCAACAUGAGCGAUUUACAAUUCAGAAUAUAUUUAAAAUUACCAUUUUUUUAAUUUAACUUUAUUUUAAUUCAAAGUUUCUUCUAUCAAUUGCUAACAAUUGUAUGACAUUUCUUUUUUAUUUAUUCCUGUUUAUAAAGUAUACCAGCAUGAUUUAAUCAAUUUACUUUUGAAACACUUUACAUGAAUAUCUAAUUAAUCACCGUCUACUUAAUUGUAACUUUAUUAACAUAUGUUUUCGUAGGUCUUAAAUCAAGCAUAUUCGAUAUGCUUAUUGUUUCUAAAAGCAAGACAAAACUAA